AUACAAUCAUGUUUUGUGUUUUGUGAUUUGAGAUUUUGUGUUUGUUCAAGUGUCGCUGAAAUAUUUUAACACCAAUAAUAAGUAUUUCAAUAAAAGUUCGUCAUCAAAUUGCAUUUAAUAUCACCUAUAUUCAACAUGAUGGAUUGCGUGGAAGAAAGCAACAAUGACCCCCUGUCAGUACCACCUUUGUCGUCACCAUCAAGCGGUGAUAUUAAAGUGGAUAAGAAGAAACCCAGUGAAAAUGUGUCCCUUGUUGACAACAGCUUACUGGUAGACAUAUCAGAUGCCCUGAGCGAGAAAGAGAAGGUCAAGUUCACAGUUCACACAAAGACAACACUGCAAGAGUUUCAGAAAUCUGAGUUCUUUGUUGUGCGCCAGCAUGAGGAGUUUGUAUGGCUGCAUGACAGAUAUGAAGAGAAUGAAGAGUAUGCAGGAUACAUUAUACCACCGGCGCCGCCUCGGCCGGAUUUUGACGCAUCUCGGGAAAAGUUACAAAGGCUCGGGGAAGGGGAGGGAGCACUUACGCGUGAGGAGUUCCUUAAGAUGAAGGAGGAGCUUGAAGAGGAAUAUCUUGCAACAUUCAAGAAGACAGUUGCAAUGCACGAGGUGUUCUUGCAGCGUUUGGCCGCGCACCCCGUGUUCAGGAGCGACGCGCACUUGCGAGUGUUUCUGGAGUACGAGCAGGAUUUGUGCGCGAAGCCCAGGGGCAAGAUGGACCUUAUUGGAGGAUUGAUGCGUUCGAUGACAACAACAACGGAUGAGAUCUACCUCGGUGCUACGGUGCGUGAUGUCAACGAUUUCUUCGAGCAGGAGACUGCCUUCCUUCAGGAGUACUACUCGCAUCUCAAGGAAGCCGUUACUAAAGUUGACCGGAUGACUUCCAAGCAUAAGGAGGUAGCAGACUCUCACAUAAAACUAUCGUCCUGCAUCACACAACUGGCGACCCGGGAACAGCCCGCAACCGAAAGGUUCCUCACCAGGGCUUCGGAGACUUUCGACAAGUGCAGGAAAAUCGAAGGUCGCAUGGCAUCGGACCAGGACCUGAAGCUAGCUGACACUCUACGCUACUAUAUGCGGGAUACCCACGCCGCUAAAGCCGUUCUAGUCAGACGUCUUAGGUGCUUAGCGGCGUACGAAGCGGCCAAUAGAAAUCUUGAACGUGCGCGUGCAAAGAACAAAGACGUUCACGCAGCGGAACAAGCGCAAGCCGACGCCUGCGCCCGUUUUGAGCAACUCUCCGCGCGGGCUCGCGAAGAGCUACUGGACUUCCGUACGAGACGUGUGGCCGCUUUCAAAAAGAGUUUGGUAGACCUGGCGGACCUUGAAAUCAAACACGCUCGCGCCCAGCAAGAACUCUUCAGAAAGUCCUUGCAGGUGUUGAGGGAAUGUCAGUAAAAUAUUACAGGUACUGUGUACUGUGUAUCGGAUUUGUACGUUCCUAAUCGAAGGUCGGUUUCGUCUAUAGAUACUCGUGUAGGGACAAAGUAAAAUGGAAUUUAAGGUGCUUGUUUUAAAGCUUAAAUUCGUCCAAUCUCUUCUACAGCAGGCGUUCUAGGCGAAAUAAAAAAUAGGAUUACAGAAUUUUCAACUCUAAAUUCAGUGACAUUAGGUCCGUUUUGCUUUGACGUUACAGUGUUUCGAUAUUCGAAAAUGAGUCCACGAUUGCGAGCGUGCAAAUCUUAUACUCAGCGAACUGGUCGCAUAUUGCAAGCACUAAAAAAUAUUGACGUCAUAAAGAAGACGCCCAGGCUCUCUUUCUCGAGUAAAUUAGUUUGGCUUUAAAUAAUGAUUAAAGUAUUUAAAUGACGUGUUGCCUGCGGUGUAACUUACGCUGCGGAGCUUGCUGUAAUAUACGAUCAGUGGUACUAAAUCUAAAUGGUGUAUGAAGGUGUAUCCACUCCUCUCCUGCGUCGCGGUGUCGUGUGGAGGCGUGCGAGAAUAAACCAAUCACGACUCAAAUCUGUGGUUUUGAUAUCUUAUCUGCGUACUAAAUGCAUUAUGUGACGUUAGUUUGGGGUGUAUUUUUUUUAAAUAUCUUAUUGCUAUUCGAAUCUUUCGUUGGAAUAAGGAGCUAACUAGUUAAUAGCGAUUUAUCGUUUCGGUACAAUGCUCCUAAUAUGUAAACAACGUAGAAUGUGCAAAAAUAAAUAAAUUAAGCUGAAAGAAAGCACCCUAAGUAACAUAUAGCUAGCUAAAAAAGUCUCCGUUGUCUAUGUGAAAGAUAACAAAAUUCUAUUGGUGCGAGUUCUGCCGGUCCUAUUAACAUAACCAAUUACC